AUGCGACCAGCGCUCAGCCACCCUCGCUCGGUCUCCUCCGCGCCGGGCCCCUUCCCGCCACCCCCUGCCACCGCCCGGCUGCAGCCGCUCUUCCUCCGCGGGGGCUCCUUUCGUGGCCAGAGAGGCUCCGGCGACAGUAACACCAGCACCAGCGCCAGCCACGGGGAAGGCAGCAGCAGACGCAGCCAGGGCGGCGGCUCCCCGAGCAGCAGCACUGGAGCUGAGCGUGAGGAGGAACACGGGAGCCUGAGCGUCAGCAAGCCACUGGUGCCCAACGCAGCGCUCCCGGGGCUGCCAGCUCAGGGGGGCGCCCCUGUUGUCCCCGCACCGGCCGCCUUCUCCUCCUCCUCCGACACCUCCUCCUCCAGCUCCACGCCCAUCUCCUACUGCAGCAUGACCGCCGCGGACUUCCGCGGGGACACCGCGGCCAGGGCCGUCGAGGACCCAAGGAGCCGCUCGGCGGGGGGCGCGGGCGGCGACGGGUCGGGCAGCGGAGCCUCCUGCUGUUCUUGUUGCUGCUGCUGCUGCGGCCGUCCGGCCUGGCCCGGCCGCAGGAAUCGGCGCCGCGGCUGCCCGAGUCCCGGGUGCCGCGGCUACCAGGCGCUGUCCGUAGUGCUGCUGCUGGCGCAGGGCAGCCUGCUGGACCUGUAUCUCAUCGCCGUCACCGACCUGUACUGGUGCUCCUGGAUCGUAACGGACCUGCUGGUGGUGGUGGGCUGGGCCAACUUCUUCGCCAAGAACAGCCAGGGCUGUCAGGUCAGUGCGGCCAGCAGCGCGCAUCACCCGCACCACCACCAUGCCACACCGCCCCUGCGCUUGCCUGCCCCCUUGGCCGCCUCCUCCAGGGCCAAGGUGUGUGGACCGGGGGGGGGGGCGGGCGGCGCGGGGGGCGGCCUGGGGGUGGCCGCGACAGUGAGCGAGUUCGCCUUCACCUACCCGGCCCGGCUUAUCUAUUUCAUAGCCUUCAAGCCCAAGGUGGUGCUGAUCCUGGGCACGUCCAUCCUAGAGCUGCACCCUUCCUUCGGCACCAUGGGCUUCUGCCUCACCAUGGUGCUGUUGGUGCCCCUGCUCUACAGCUUUGUGUGGUGGGCCAUCAGCGAGGCGGGCGCACUGCCCGGCUUGGCCGGACCCCUGCUGCUGCAGCCCCAGUGGCACCUUGCAGCCUGAUGCUUCCUGGGCACGUGCCUGGAGCUGCUCAGCAGCUUCACGUUGGUGGAGCUGAUGCUGGUAGGUCUGGUGCAGUUGCCCGCUCACCUGCGCUACCUGCUCAUCGCCGUCUACUUCCUUACCCUCGCCUUGCCAGUGCUCUGGCUCUAUGAGCUCAACGCUGCUGCCGCAGCAGCGGCAUCCGGGGGCCAGGCCUCUGGUCGCAGCUGCUGCCUCCUUCUGCGCCUGCUGGGCGGCUGCCUGGUGGACGUGCCCUUGCUGGCGCUGUGCUGCCUCCUGGUGGUCAGCUACCAGCAGCCCCUCUCCAUCUUCAUGUUCAAGAACCUUUUUGUUCUCAGCUGCCAAGGCCUGGAGGCACUGGGGGGCUGCUGGGACUGGGGCAGUUGGGUCUCUCCGAGUCAGGCCAGAGGGGGCUAUGGUGCUCUGCCCUCCGCCCCUCCACCGCCUCCACCACCACCUCAGGGAGGCUCCCCUGGCCAUUGCAUUUCGGAGAAUGACGGGGGUGCCCAUGGCUAUGUCAACACCCUGGCUGUGACCUCCUAG